AGCAGCGUAACAUGCUUGAGUCGGAGAGAGCAGGGCGACAGGCAAGAUCCGUCAGUCUUCACGAGGCCGGCUUUAUCCAGUACUUGGAUUCUGGAAUCUGGCAUCUGGCUUUUUAUAAUGAUGGGAAAAAUGCAGAGCAGGUGUCUUUUAAUACCAUUGUUAUAGAAUCUGUGGUGGAAUGCCCCCGAAAUUGCCAUGGAAAUGGAGAGUGCGUUUCAGGAACUUGCCAUUGUUUUCCAGGAUUUCUGGGUCCGGAUUGUUCGAGAGCAGCCUGUCCAGUGCUGUGCAGCGGCAAUGGGCAGUACUCCAAGGGCCGCUGCCUGUGUUUCAGUGGCUGGAAAGGCACCGAGUGUGAUGUGCCUACUACCCAGUGCAUUGACCCGCAGUGCGGGGGUCGUGGGAUUUGUAUCAUGGGCUCUUGUGCUUGCAACUCAGGAUACAAAGGAGAAAAUUGUGAAGAAGCUGACUGUCUGGACCCUGGGUGUUCUAAUCAUGGUGUGUGUAUCCAUGGGGAAUGUCACUGCAAUCCAGGAUGGGGUGGUAACAACUGUGAAAUACUAAAGACCAUGUGUCCAGACCAGUGCUCUGGUCACGGAACAUAUCUUCAAGAAAGUGGCUCCUGUACUUGUGACCCUAAUUGGACUGGCCCAGAUUGCUCAAAUGAAAUAUGCUCUGUGGACUGUGGCUCACAUGGUGUUUGCAUGGGGGGGACUUGUCGCUGUGAAGAAGGCUGGACGGGCCCAGCAUGUAAUCAAAGAGCUUGCCACCCCCGCUGUGCCGAACACGGGACCUGCAAGGACGGCAAGUGCGAAUGCAGCCAGGGAUGGAACGGAGAGCACUGCACUAUCG